AUGGCAGAAGAGGUGUGGAUCCAUGCAGAGAAUCAAUGCUUUCUAUGCGACUGCGAUCUUCGAGCCGUAGUGUGGGAUUGCGGCAAAGCGGCACAGUGCCGUCGGUUCAAAGUCAUGGACAACGUGACUCGUAGAAACAGAGUUUCCGAGCCCGAUCUUGCUGGCUUUGAACUGAGAUGCGCAUUCAAAAAGGCAUAG